GUUGGGAUAGGCCAACCAUUGCGGCGCUGGUUCUCAGGUCGCCGGAAGUGCCGCUGUUUCUCUCUCUUCAGGGCCGCUGUAGCUGAGGCUGGAGCGCUGCCCCGGAAGUCCUCCCCCCGUUCCCCGCCCGCGGCAAACAUGGCGGUGGACUCAGCGAUGGAGCUGCUAUUUUUAGAUACUUUUAAACACCCGAGCGCUGAGCAAAGUUCUCAUAUAGAUGUGGUUCGUUUUCCAUGUGUGGUUUACAUCAAUGAAGUCCGAGUCAUACCCCCAGGAGUAAGAGCCCAUAGCAGUCUGCCAGACAACAGAGCAUAUGGAGAGACAUCUCCGCAUACAUUUCAAUUAGACUUAUUCUUCAACAAUGUAAGCAAACCAAGUGCCCCAGUUUUUGAUAGAUUGGGAAGUCUGGAAUAUGAUGAGAAUACGUCCAUCAUCUUUAGACCAAACUCAAAGGUGAAUACUGAUGGUCUGGUGCUAAGAGGCUGGUACAACUGCCUGACACUGGCAAUAUACGGAUCAGUGGAUAGAGUGAUAAGUCAUGACAGAGACUCUCCACCACCACCACCUCCACCUCCACCACCUCCCCAGCCACAGCCAAGUUUGAAAAGGAAUCCAAAACAUGCUGAUGGGGAGAAAGAAGAUCAAUUUAAUGGAAGCCCUCCAAGACCGCAGCCAAGGGGACCAAGGACUCCUCCAGGACCCCCUCCACCUGAUGACGAUGAAGAUGAUCCUGUGCCUCUGCCAGUGUCUGGUGACAAGGAAGAGGAUGCUCCUCAUAGAGAAGAUUACUUUGAGCCCAUUUCUCCUGAUCGGAAUUCUGUUCCCCAGGAAGGUCAGUAUUCUGAUGAAGGAGAAGUAGAAGAGGAACAGCAAGAAGAAGGAGAAGAUGAUGAAGAUGAUGUGGAUGUAGAAGAAGAAGAAGAUGAGGAUGAGGAUGAUAGACAUACAGUAGACAGUAUCCCUGAGGAGGAAGAGGAAGAUGAAGAGGAGGAAGGUGAAGAGGAUGAAGAAGGUGAAGGGGAUGAUGGUUAUGAACAAAUUUCCAGUGAUGAAGAUGGAAUUGCUGACUUGGAACGUGAAACAUUUAAGUAUCCAAACUUUGAUGUUGAAUAUACUGCUGAAGACUUAGCUUCAGUUCCUCCUAUGACGUAUGAUCCAUAUGACAGGGAGCUUGUACCACUGUUAUACUUCAGCUGUCCGUACAAGACUACUUUUGAAAUUGAAAUCAGUAGAAUGAAGGAUCAAGGUCCAGAUAAAGAAAAUUCAGGAGCAAUCGAAGCCUCAGUGAAGUUAACAGAACUCUUAGAUUUGUAUAGAGAAGAUAGAGGUGCAAAAUGGGUAACAGCUUUAGAAGAAAUUCCAAGUUUAAUAAUAAAAGGGUUAAGCUACUUACAAUUAAAAAACACAAAACAAGACUCCCUCGGCCAGUUGGUAGACUGGACCAUGCAAGCUUUAAAUUUACAAGUAGCACUUCGCCAGCCUAUCGCCUUAAAUGUCCGACAGCUCAAAGCUGGGACCAAAUUAGUGUCCUCACUAGCAGAAUGUGGGGCUCAAGGAAUUACGGGACUGCUACAAGCAGGAGUGAUCAAUGGAUUAUUUGAGCUUCUGUUUGCUGAUCAUGUAUCAUCUUCUCUUAAGUUAAAUGCUUUUAAAGCUUUGGACAGUGUCAUUAGUAUGACAGAAGGAAUGGAAGCUUUUUUAAGAGGUAGGCAGAAUGAAAAAAGUGGUUAUCAAAAGCUUCUGGAACUCAUACUUUUAGAUCAGACUGUGAGGGUUGUUACUGCUGGUUCAGCUAUUCUCCAAAAAUGCCAUUUCUAUGAAAUCUUGUCAGAGAUUAAAAGACUUGGUGACCAUUUAGCAGAGAAGACUUCAUCUGUUCCUAACCACACUGAACCUGAUCAUGACACAGAUGCUGGACUUGAGAGAACAAACCCAGAAUAUGAAAAUGAGGUGGAACCUUCUAUGGAUAUGGAUCUUUUGGAAUCUUCAAAUAUAAGUGAAGGGGAAAUAGAAAGGCUUAUUAACCUCCUAGAAGAAGUUUUCCAUUUAAUGGAAACUGCACCUCAUACAAUGAUCCAACCUCCUGUUAAGUCUUUCCCAACGAUGGCACGAAUUACUGGACCUCCAGAGAGGGAUGAUCCAUACCCUGUUCUUUUUAGAUAUCUUCACAGUCAUCACUUCUUGGAGCUGGUUACCUUGCUUCUGUCAAUUCCAGUAACAAGUGCCCACCCUGGUGUGCUGCAAGCCACAAAAGAUGUUUUAAAGUUUCUUGCACAGUCACAGAAGGGUCUUCUUUUUUUUAUGUCGGAAUAUGAAGCAACAAAUUUAUUGAUCCGAGCUCUGUGUCACCUUUAUGAUCAAGAUGAGGAGGAAGGUCUCCAAUCUGAUGGUGUUAUUGAUGACGCAUUUGCCUUGUGGCUACAGGACUCAACACAGACAUUGCAAUGUAUUACAGAACUGUUCAGCCAUUUUCAGCGUUGUACAGCCAGUGAAGAAACUGACCAUUCAGAUCUCUUGGGAACCCUGCACAAUCUUUAUUUGAUUACUUUUAAUCCUGUGGGAAGAUCAGCUGUUGGCCAUGUUUUUAGUCUAGAGAAAAAUCUCCAAAGUCUUAUUACUCUAAUGGAGUACUAUUCCAAAGAAGCCUUAGGUGAUUCCAAAUCUAAGAAGUCAGUAGCAUAUAAUUAUGCAUGCAUACUUAUUUUGGUGGUGGUUCAGUCUUCCAGUGAUGUUCAAAUGCUAGAACAACAUGCAGCGUCUCUCUUGAAGCUUUGUAAAGCAGAUGAAAAUAAUGCUAAAUUGCAAGAACUUGGCAAGUGGCUUGAACCUCUGAAAAACCUUAGAUUUGAAAUUAACUGCAUCCCAAACUUAAUUGAAUAUGUUAAGCAGAAUAUUGAUAACUUGAUGACCCCAGAAGGAGUUGGCCUUACCACUGCCUUACGUGUUCUCUGUAAUGUUGCAUGCCCACCACCUCCUGUUGAAGGUCAACAGAAAGAUCUGAAAUGGAAUCUUGCCGUUAUUCAGCUUUUUUCUGCUGAAGGAAUGGACACAUUUAUUCGAGUUCUGCAAAAAUUGAACAGUAUUCUGACUCAGCCUUGGAGGCUCCAUGUCAACAUGGGGACUACCCUUCACAGAGUUACUACUAUUUCAAUGGCUCGCUGCACCCUCACGCUUCUUAAAACUAUGUUAACGGAACUCCUGAGAGGUGGAUCCUUUGAGUUUAAGGACAUGCGUGUUCCUUCAGCGCUUGUUACUUUACAUAUGCUCCUGUGCUCUAUCCCCCUCUCAGGUCGUUUGGAUAGUGAUGAACAGAAAAUUCAGAAUGAUAUCAUUGAUAUUUUACUGACUUUUACACAAGGAGUUAAUGAAAAACUCACAAUCUCAGAAGAGACUCUGGCCAAUAAUACUUGGUCUUUAAUGUUAAAAGAAGUUCUUUCUUCAAUCUUGAAGGUUCCUGAAGGAUUUUUUUCGGGACUCAUACUCCUUUCAGAGCUGCUGCCUCUUCCAUUGCCCAUGCAAACAACUCAGGUUAUUGAGCCACAUGAUAUAUCAGUGGCACUCAACACCCGAAAAUUGUGGAGCAUGCACCUUCAUGUUCAAGCAAAGUUGCUCCAAGAAAUAGUUCGCUCUUUCUCUGGCACAACCUGCCAGCCCAUUCAACAUAUGUUACGGCGUAUUUGUGUUCAAUUGUGUGACCUUGCCUCACCAACUGCACUUCUGAUUAUGAGAACUGUGUUGGAUUUGAUUGUAGAAGACUUGCAAAGCACUUCAGAAGAUAAAGAAAAACAGUAUACUAGCCAAACCACCAGGUUGCUUGCUCUUCUUGAUGCUCUGGCUUCACACAAAGCUUGUAAAUUAGCUAUUUUGCAUCUAAUUAAUGGAACUAUUAAAGGUGAUGAAAGAUAUGCAGAGAUAUUCCAGGAUCUUUUAGCUUUGGUGCGGUCUCCUGGAGACAGUGUUAUUCGCCAACAGUGUGUUGAAUAUGUCACAUCCAUUUUGCAGUCUCUCUGUGAUCAGGUAUUUAUACAUAUUUUAUAGUCUCUCUCUCUCUCUCUCUCUCUCUCUCUCUCUCUCUCUCUCUCUCUCUCUCUGUGUGUGUGUGUGUGUGUGUGUCUUAUUCCAACUCUGGCCACCAGGUAUUCUUCAGGUAGUUCAUUUCUCAUACCAGUUUUAUGCACUCAUAUUUUAAGAUAAUAUAUAUCUUCUAUUUUCUUUAUUUACAGUUCUUUAAGGAAAAACAGUAGUGCUCUGCACAGUUUACUGAAACGAGUGGUCAGCACAUUUACUAAGGACACAGGAGAGCUUGCAUCUUCCUUUUUAGAAUUUAUGAGACAAAUUCUUAACUCUGACACAAUUGGAUGUUGUGGAGAUGAUAAUGGUCUCAUGGAAGUAGAGGGAGCUCAUUCAUCACGGACAAUGAGUAUUAAUGCUGCAGAGUUAAAACAGCUUCUACAAAGCAAAGAAGAAAGUCCAGAAAAUUUGUUCCUUGAACUAGAGAAGCUUGUUUUGGAACAUUCAAAAGAUGAUGACAAUCUGGAUUCUUUGUUGGACAAUGUAGUUGGACUUAAGCAGAUGCUGGAGUCAUCAGGUGACCCCUUACCUCUCAGUGACCAGGAUGUAGAACCAGUACUUUCAGCUCCAGAAUCUCUUCAGAAUCUGUUUAACAAUAGGACUGCCUAUGUGCUUGCCGAUGUCAUGGAUGAUCAGUUGAAAUCUAUGUGGUUCACUCCAUUUCAGGCUGAAGAGAUUGAUACAGAUCUGGAUUUGGUAAAGGUUGAUUUAAUUGAGCUCUCUGAAAAAUGCUGUAGUGACUUUGAUUUGCACUCAGAAUUAGAGCGCUCAUUUUUGUCAGAACCAUCAUCUCCAGGAAGAACCAAGACUACUAAAGGAUUCAAACUUGGGAAGCACAAGCAUGAGACCUUUAUAACUUCUAGUGGAAAAUCUGAAUACAUUGAACCUGCCAAACGAGCUCAUGUUGUGCCACCACCAAGAGGAAGGGGCAGGGGAGGAUUUGGACAGGGUAUACGACCUCAUGAUAUUUUUCGUCAGCGAAAACAGAACACAAGUAGACCACCAUCUAUGCAUGUGGAUGACUUUGUUGCUGCUGAAAGUAAAGAAGUGGUUCCUCAAGAUGGAAUACCUCCACCAAAACGGCCACUCAAAGUAUCCCAGAAGAUUUCUUCCCGUGGUGGGUUUUCAGGCAAUAGAGGAGGACGGGGUGCUUUCCACAGUCAGAAUAGGUUUUUCACACCACCUGCUUCAAAAGGAAACUACAGUCGUCGGGAAGGAACAAGAGGCUCCAGUUGGAGUGCUCAGAAUACUCCUCGAGGAAAUUACAAUGAAAGUCGUGGAGGCCAGAGCAAUUUUAACAGAGGCCCUCUUCCACCAUUACGACCCCUUAGUUCUACAGGUUACCGCCCAAGUCCUCGGGACCGUGCUUCUAGAGGUCGUGGGGGACUUGGACCUUCUUGGGCUAGUGCAAAUAGCGGCAGUGGAGGCUCAAGAGGAAAGUUUGUUAGUGGAGGCAGUGGUAGAGGUCGUCACGUACGCUCCUUUACACGAUAAAAAUGCUUUUGGGAACAUCCUAAGUGUAUAUGAACAUUUCAUGAGGACAAUAAAAAUAAGACAUUGAAGGACCAAUUUAGACUUAGCAGUUAUCUGGAGACAUCUGAGAGAAUAUUUUUAUCUGAAGAAAGCAGAUUUUGUUUGAUACCUAACAAGAUUUCAAUAAAAAUCCAAUCUUUUUAUGUACGUUU